ACACAACGACCAUGCGACUUGUCAAUCAUGUCCGACUACCAAGAUGACGAGCCGCAGGGCGUUGUCGCUCGUGCUAAGAACACGGCACUCCUCCCCCUCCGCAUCGCCAUUUCCAAACCCGCCCAACGUGCCUACCUGACCUCGGUCCUCUUCUUCAGCACCUGCUUCCUCCUCCUACUCGUCUCAAUUGCCGCGUACCUAGCCUUCUACUGGACCUACAUUCCCCGUAUCGGUUUUUCGCGACCUAUCCAUCUCCAGUUCGACUCUCUCGAAUCUCCACCAUGGGGCAUUGCAAACUUGGCGCCAGAGCUGGUUAGUCUACAGCCGUAUGAUGUCAAGAUACAGAUACGUUUGCCGCGUACAAAGACGAACACAGAAGUUGGCAAUUUCAUGGUCGAGACUGUGCUUUAUGCGCCGGGAGACAAGGGGUCAGUGGUUGAUGAGAGCAAGAUGCCUGUGGUCAAGAGCGUGGAUACGAACAAGGUGUUGGCGAGUUCGAGAAGGUCUGCCAUCUUGACUUACUACUCGCCUGUUGUGGAUCUCGCUCGUAAGGCUACUGAGUUGCACUGGUUGAUCCUGGGAUGGCGACUCGAAGCAGAAACACUGGAGGUUCCUGUCUUCACUGGUGUUUCUUUUGCCAAAGGAUGGAGGAAUGUUCCCGAUACUAUGCAGAUCCAAGUGCAGAGUUCUGCUCGCAUGCAGAUCUAUGAAGCUAGUGUUGUCUUCAAGGCUCGCUUCCAGGGUUUGAGGUGGGUUAUGUAUAACCACCGACUCACCAGCGCCUUCGUCUUCAUUGGCGCUUUCUGGGGUACUGAGGUCCUCUUCACCGCCAUUUGCUGGGCUAUCCUGAGCGUUUGGAUCUUCUCUGGCGACGACACCGCAGUCAAGUCCGAAGAUGCAGACAUCAGACGCAUCAAAGCCGAAGACUCGGAAGAGGAAGAUCCAGCUAGACUCUCAGACACCGAGAGGACAUACCCGACAUAUAGCAAAGGGCCUGCUAUGCGUUACAACUCUCCAGCCAUCAAAAAGGAAGAGACGGAACCAGAGCCGUUUCCUCAACUCCUGACUACUGCAUUGGAAGCCGAUGAUGAAGACGAGAGCGAUGACUUCUUCGACUCGGGUCUCGGCACCAGUCUCGAGAGCACCGGCAACACGAGCUCAAAAGAAGCUCUGCGCAAAAGAAAGAACAAGCAAUCCAGAACUUGAGGUAAUUCUCAUACACCUAACGAACACAAUAUGAAUAUUUUUCUCCACUAUCCUUCCACCCCGCCUUUUGUCAGACCCUCUCAAUUCCC